AUUUCAAGGAACCACACCCAAACAACAAAUUCAACUAUACCUGUACGUUCAAUACAAGAUUAUUCAAGGUUGCUUCCUGGGUUGACUUUUUUUUAUAAAAUUUCAAGUUACCAAAGUGGUUUGUUUCGAGUCGCUAUAAAAGCUGAAACCCGACAGAAUUGUCAUCAUACAGUUUUUCGAUUGAUCGAAAUAGGUAUACCUCAAACUAACAACAUGCAAGCCACAUUGUUCGCACUUUUCGCUCUAGUGGCAGUCUCCGCCAGCAGUGUCGUCCUGCCCCAGACCUACAGUUUGGGCUACGCCGCCCCUUAUGCCACCCCAUAUGCCGCCCUCGGGUAUUCCGCUCCCUGGUCCGCCCCACUCGCCUACGCCGCUACCCCGCUAGUAUACUCCGCCCCUGCAGUACAAUCCGGAUACGUAGCCGCUACUAGAGGAUCAGUCCAUACUGCACCACUCCCAGAAGGACCUCAUGCAUUCAGCCACCACCUUAACACUGCCCCCGCCCCUGGAACCCUCUAAACCAAUUACAAAUUUGAAAAUAACGACCAUUUAAAUAAAUAUCAA